AUGAUUAUUUAAAAAUCUAAUAAUUGGGCUUAUUUUAAUUAUGCUUAUAAUUUUGAACCUAUAAAUGAUUUUAUUGAUGAAUUUCUUAUUUGUGGAUUAUAUGAAGAAUAUUAUGGAUAUGAUGCAAAUUCAAAAAUUUGUCAACCUUAUUAUUAUGAUACAAUGUGUAUUUAUACUUAUUAUUCUGAUUAUUUAUAUAAUAGUGCCAUUUACCCUUAUUAACAGAUUUGUCUUGGGUUAAAUUUUAAAAUGUUCCUGCAACUUAAGGAUAUUAGUGUACAUAAAAUAUUCCUAAUUGUAAUAUUUGCCUUAAUCAAUCAUAAUAUACUCCUUUUUUGUAUUGAAUGUAAAUGAGGAUAUUAUUCAGAUCGUUUUUCUGGAUAAUGUUAUAAUUGUCCACUAUCUUUAAAUUGUAAAACAUGUUAUCAUUCUAUUAUACAAUUUAAUGAUGAAUGGAAAGUCAAACUUAAAGUUAUAAAUUAAGUUUUGAAAUAAUAAUCAAAUCCAAGAUAUUUUGUAUUAUAAUCAUUAUUUAUUUUUAGUUUACACAAGAUGAAAGUAAUAAUCCUUAAGAUUACAAAUUGAUAUGUUCUUCAUGUAAUGAUGGCUUUAAAUUAUAUGAUGGAAAAUGCAUAAAAUAUUGUGAUUCAAACUGUUCAAAUUGUUAAUAUUAAGAUGGUUAAUAUUAUUGUUUUUAUUGUGGAAAAAAUAAUUAUCAUAAUUUAUUGAGUUUAAUUUAAUAAAAAUGUUCAGAUUGUCCUAGUUAUUGUGAAUUUUGUAGAGAAAGAACAUAAGAUGAAUUGGUAACAUUAAAUUCAAAUUAUAUGUUAAAUGAAAAGAAUGCAAUUUAUUCUUAUUAAUGCUUAAAAGCGUUUUCCUUUAAUCAAGAUCUUUAUUAUGAUUAAAUUUUUGGAUAAUUUAUUCCUUGUUAAAAUUCAAUUGGUUGUGAAAAUGUUCUUAAUUAUGAAAUGAAUUUAUACUGUUCUAAUGAAGAAUAUUAUAAAACUCUAUCAUUAAUUAGUAAUUUAGAUUAAUAAAAUCAAUUUAAAAUGAACAAUAUACUAUUUGAUUCACUGUUAUAAUCUAAACCAUAAUAAUCUAGUUUUGCUGAUGUAAUAAUUAAUUAAUAAUUUAAGUUAGAAGUUGAUUCUAAAUAUGAAAUUAUGAAUAAGAAAUUUAUUAGAAAAAUGAGAAUUUAUUUAAUAUCCAAUCAAGAAUAAAUUUGUUCAGUUAAUUAAAUAAGUUACAUUUCCUAAAAGUUUUCCAAAUUUGUAUUUAAUUUAAUGUAAUUAUAUUCUUAUAAAAAGUGAUGUUUAAUUAAUAAUAACAUCUAAAAUUGAAAAGCCUUUAAAAAUAAAAGUUUAUUAAGAAUUACACUUUUUAGAUUUUUCUUAUUUAAAAUUUGAAAAUAUUUAAUUUGAAAUACAAUAUACUACUAACAUAAAACUUAUUAGUAUUUAAGGAUUUAAGCCAAUAACCUUAUAGAUGGAAAAAAUUGAUUUUUUACCUUCAGACCAGAAACAACCUUUUUUAUUCAUUUUUCAAGGUAAAUAAAUUUCUUUGAUAAUGUUUAAUUUAGUUAAUCUUUAAAAUUCAUUAUUAUAGAAUUAAAAUUCAUAAAGUAUUUUUUAACUAUCAUUUCAAACAUCAAAUGCAUAAGUUCAAAUUAAAAGAUUUUCAAUCUCUAAUUGCAUUUUUUAAAAUGUAAGUCUAUUUGAAUUUUCUUCAAGUCAACCAAUUUCAAUAGAAUUUGAUGUAAUUAAAAUUUUUGCCAAUUUAAAUACAUGUUCUUUUUUGAUAACUUCAAAAAUCACAGAAAUAAUGACUUUAAAUAUUCAAAAUCUAUUGAUUUCAGGUUUAAUGUAAAACUCAUCACCUUUUAUAACAUUAAAUAAUACAUAAAUAGCUAAAAUAGAAAAUUUAACAAUAAAUGAAAUGAAAAUGAUAGAUUCCAUUUUUAUAUAAUUUGAAAAUUAUGCUGUUAUAAAUAAUAUCCAAAUUAAUUAAUGUCAAACUUAAGGAUUAGUUUAUAUUAUCUAUAAUUUUAUACCUAAAGAAAUGAGUAAUCAAGUAAAUUUAACUUACUUUAUUAAUUAAAUUAGAAUAAAAGAUUUGAAUUUAAAUUAUCUCUCAAAAGUAAUAUAUUUAUUACCUUUUCAAUCUUUUUCAUCUUCAAUAGAUAUUUAAAAUAUUCUACUUUAAAAUACCUCCUAAUAUGACCAAAUUAAUUCUAAAAUUGAUUAUGUUGAUUCUUCUAUUAUAAAUAUUAAAUUGUAAAUUGUUAAAAUUAAAAAUUGUACAAUUAAAAGAGGCUUUGGAUUCAUUGAAUUUUUAUUUGAAAACAUGUAACAGUUAGAAAUUAUAAAUUUUUAUGCAUUAUAAUUGAAAAAACAUUAAUUGCAUUAAUUUUAUGAUUGUUCUAAUUUAUAUUCAAGUUUAUAUUAAAGCAUUAUUAAAUUAUCAGAAGUACAAAAUAUUUAUUUUGAAAAUUUUGAUAUAGCUGAUUUUAAUAUUAUCAACUCAGCCCUAAUUUAACUUUAAAGUUACGCUUAAAUAUUCACUUAAUCAAAGUACUAUUUAAAGAANUAGUCAUCACAUUUUAUAACAUUAAAUAGCUAAAAUUGA